CCUUGAAACCAACAAAAUAUAUUCAAAUACAGCCAAUUUUGCUGAGUGCAGGAACUUGGAGUCACAUGGCUCCACCAAACUGUAUUUAUUCAGUAAUAUCAUAACAAAUUGGUCUUCAGUUUUGGGUGAAUGCCUUGCCUUUCUUUGUUUGAAUGGCUUACUUUUCUGUUUCUUUCCAAACCUUUGCAGUGGCAGUUAUGGCAGGGAUGGUGUUGGCAGUGCCCAUUUACACCACUCUCUCUGAACAACUGGAAGCCAUAAUGAUAGAUCCAGACAUCAUUAUGAUGUUGUCUCCAGUGGCUCUUGUUCUACUCAUCAGAUGGCUUUCUUCUUCUUCUUCUGCUUCUUUUUCUUCUUUCUUCUUUGCCAAUGAUCCAUCCUCAUUCCACAGGGUAGGAGGAUCACCAGUUGGUGUGGCCAUUGUGCUUUUAAUGGUGUUGCUUAUGAUCUGGUAUCAGGGUUCUGGUGGAGAUGAUGAAUCAGAGGACUAGAUUAGGACUGCUCUCCUCAUGUAAUGUAUCAGAUCAGUGAUGGGAUUUUGUAAUACAUAAAUUGUAAUACAAAUAAAUUGUUUUAUUGAUUCAAGAGAUUAUAGAAGUUUUUUGAUCGGA